AUGACAUCUCCAUCCACGCGCCGCCUCCUCAAAGAGUCCACCGACAUCCACAAGAACCCCAGCCCAUACUUCACCGCAUCCCCCAUCUCCGACUCCAACCUCCACGACUGGCACUUUACCCUCACCGGUCCUCCCGCCCCUACUCCCUACGCCCAUGGCCUCUACCAUGGCCGCAUCACUUUCCCACCCACCUACCCGCUCCGGCCACCGAGUUUCCGCUUCCUCACCCCAUCCGGCCGGUUCGAAGUCAACCGCGAGAUCUGUCUGAGUAUCUCGGGCCACCAUGAAGAGACGUGGCAGCCGGCGUGGGGGGUGCGGACGGCGUUACUGGCGAUCCGGAGCGAGAUCAUGGGCGGGGAGAGUCGCGGUCAGGUCGGUGGGAUGGAGGGAAGUGAGGCGCUGCGGAGGGAGUGCGCCAGAGAGUCUCGCGGGUGGGUGUGUAGGGAUUGUGGUGCCGGUAGUAAUGAGGAGGUUAUGAUGGGGUGGUGGAAAUAUUGUCGGGAGCAAGGUGUCGAGGUGGAUGUGGAUGGGGAAGAAGGUCAGCAGCAGCAGCAGCUCCCACCAUCACCGCUGCCAGCAGACACUGCAAGAGAGACGCCGCAGCACGAAAGGUCAAGAAAAGAGGGUGGCAGUCAAGAGCCGAGGACGGAGACAGAGCAGACUUUGUCCUCGUCGCGAUCUGCGGAAACUUCAAUGGUGUCAGCGCCGAAUGGCGAAUUGCCACUGGGUUCUGCGGCUCCGACAGCAGCCCGUACGGCAUUAGAAUCAAUCGAGUCCGAGCCAUCUACCGCGUCAGCGCAGGCUAUCUCUGCGCCUGCACGGUCUCCGACCGAGCCAGAUGAGACUCUACGGACGACAGCGUCAAGGUCAGCCGAUAUGGCUGCUGCUCCCGUUGUGACUGCACGGAGAGCUCCCGUGGCAAACGUGUCAGAACCGGCUAACAGUCUAUGGCUGGAUCGGGCAAUCAUCGGAAUUGUAUUCGCACUAAUCAUCUUAAUCACAAAACGAGUGGUCAAUGUCGAUGACCUAUAA